UACUUCCUUUCAAAACAACAUGGUGGUGGUGUAAGACGAAAUAAGAAAAUGCGUUUAGAAAAGUGUUACUUUUGUUCUUCCACCAUCUACCCUGGUCACGGAAUACAGUUUGUUCGUAACGAUUGCAAAAUAUUUAGGUUCUGUCGGUCAAAAUGUCAUAAAGCAUUUAAAAACAAGAGAAACCCACGAAAGGCCAAGUGGACAAAAGCUUUCAGAAAGGCUGCCGGGAAAGAGCUGGCCGUAGAUCCAUCACUGGAAUUUGAGAAACGCAGACAUGUCCCUGUCAAAUACAACAGAGAACUUUGGCAGACAACAUUCAAAGCAAUGAAGAGAAUAGAGGAGAUUCGAGUAAAAAGACAAAAUCAAUUCAUUCUAAACAGAUUAAAUAAGGGUAAAGAACUAAGGAAAGAAGCUGAUGUAAAGGAGGUUAAAACAAACAUACACUUAAUCAGGGCACCAGCAGCUCGAGCCAAAAAACUUGAGAAGAAGAUGGUACAGGUCAUACAGGAAGCAGAUGAUGAAGAUAUGGAAGAAGUAUAGGGAUCCAAGGAAGGUGGAUCAAACAGGAGACAAGUGUUGAGAUCAUUACUGUUCACUGACAGAGACAUUCUCAAGAAUGACAAACUGUUAUGUGACCUUGAUUGUUUUACCUUGCAUUGAAACUUGAAAGAUUUUCCUUUUUGUACUUUUUGAUGAAGUAACAAUAUUGUAAAUCAUUGGAUUUAGAGUUAAAAAGGACAAAAAUGUUGUCUGUUACUUUUUCAAAUGUAGUACCGGUAAUGUAUAAUAAACUGAAAAGGAAGUUUCA